AUGAAGACGACCUUCGAAAUAGCAGAACAGGCCCAGGAAGCAGUGGAGAACGGGUUCAAGUGCUUCGGAAUCACAUCCACCCCAAACCAGAUCGCAAUGGAGAAGGUCUACAAAGGUCCACCACGCUCUACCAACCUGUCAUACAUCAACGUUGAGGGUCCACCACGCUCUACCAACCUGUCAUGCAUCAACGUUGAGGGUCCACCACGCUCUACCAACCUGUCAUACAUCAACGUUGAGGGUCCACCACGCUCUACCAACCUGUCAUGCAUCAACGUUGAGGGUCCACCACGCUCUACCAACCUGUCAUACAUCAACGUUGAGGGUCCACCACGCUCUACCAACCUGUCAUGCAUCAACGUUGAGGGUCCACCACGCUCUACCAACCUGUCAUACAUCAACGUUGAGGGUCCACCACGCUCUACCAACCUGUCAUGCAUCAACGUUGAGGGUCCACCACGCUCUACCAACCUGUCAUACAUCAACGUUGAGGGUCCACCACGCUCUACCAACCUGUCAUGCAUCAACGUUGAGGGCCCACCACGCUCUGCCAACCUGUCAUGCAUCAACGUUGAGGGUCCACCACGCUCUACCAACCUGUCAUGCAUCAACGUUGAGGGCCCACCACGCUCUACCAACCUGUCAUGCAUCAACGUUGAGGGUCCACCACGCUCUGCCAACCUGUCCUACAUCAACGUUGAGGUUCCACCACGCUCUGCCAACCUGUCAUGCAUCAACGUUGAGGGUCCACCACGCUCUGCCAACCUGUCCUACAUCAACGUUGAGGGUCCACCACGCUCUGCCAACCUGUCAUACAUCAACGUUGAGGGUCCACCACGCUCUACCAACCUGUCAUGCAUCAACGUUGAGGGUCCACCACGCUCUACCAACCUGUCAUGCAUCAACGUUGAGGGUCCACCACGCUCUACCAACCUGUCAUGCAUCAACGUUGAGGGCCCACCACGCUCUACCAACCUGUCAUGCAUCAACGUUGAGGGUCCACCACGCUCUACCAACCUGUCAUGCAUCAACGUUGAGGGUCCACCACGCUCUGCCAACCUGUCCUACAUCAACGUUGAGGGUCCACCACGCUCUGCCAACCUGUCAUGCAUCAACGUUGAGGGUCCACCACGCUCUGCCAACCUGUCCUACAUCAACGUUGAGGGUCCACCACGCUCUGCCAACCUGUCCUACAUCAACGUUGAGGGUCCACCACGCUCUACCAACCUGUCAUGCAUCAACGUUGAGGGCCCACCACGCUCUACCAACCUGUCAUGCAUCAACGUUGAGGGCCCACCACGCUCUACCAACCUGUCCUACAUCAACGUUGAGGGCCCACCACGCUCUACCAACCUGUCAUGCAUCAACGUUGAGGGCCCACCACGCUCUACCAACCUGUCAUGCAUCAACGUUGAGGGCCCACCACGCUCUACCAACCUGUCCUACAUCAACGUUGAGGGCCCACCACGCUCUACCAACCUGUCCUACAUCAACGUUGAGGGCCCACCACGCUCUACCAACCUGUCAUGCAUCAACGUUGAGGGCCCACCACGCUCUACCAACCUGUCAUGCAUCAACGUUGAGGGCCCACCACGCUCUACCAACCUGUCCUACAUCAACGUUGAGGGUCCACCACGCUCUACCAACCUGUCAUGCAUCAACGUUGAGGGUCCACCACGCUCUACCAACCUGUCAUACAUCAACGUUGAGGGUCCACCACGCUCUACCAACCUGUCAUGCAUCAACGUUGAGGGUCCACCACGCUCUACCAACCUGUCAUACAUCAACGUUGAGGGUCCACCACGCUCUACCAACCUGUCAUGCAUCAACGUUGAGGGUCCACCACGCUCUACCAACCUGUCAUGCAUCAACGUUGAGGGUCCACCACGCUCUACCAACCUGUCAUGCAUCAACGUUGAGGGCCCACCACGCUCUACCAACCUGUCCUACAUCAACGUUGAGGGCCCACCACGCUCUACCAACCUGUCAUGCAUCAACGUUGAGGGCCCACCACGCUCUACCAACCUGUCAUGCAUCAACGUUGAGGGCCCACCACGCUCUACCAACCUGUCCUACAUCAACGUUGAGGGUCCACCACGCUCUGCCAACCUGUCAUACAUCAACGUUGAGGGUCCACCACGCUCUGCCAACCUGUCAUACAUCAACGUUGAGGGCCCACCACGCUCUACCAACCUGUCCUACAUCAACGUUGAGGGUCCACCACGCUCUACCAACCUGUCAUACAUCAACGUUGAGGGCCCACCACGCUCUACCAACCUGUCCUACAUCAACGUUGAGGGUCCACCACGCUCUACCAACCUGUCAUACAUCAACGUUGAGGGCCCACCACGCUCUACCAACCUGUCAUACAUCAACGUUGAGGGUCCACCACGCUCUACCAACCUGUCAUACAUCAACGUUGAGGGUCCACCACGCUCUACCAACCUGUCAUACAUCAACGUUGAGGGUCCACCACGCUCUACCAACCUGUCAUGCAUCAACGUUGAGGGCCCACCACGCUCUACCAACCUGUCAUGCAUCAACGUUGAGGGCCCACCACGCUCUACCAACCUGUCAUACAUCAACGUUGAGGGUCCACCACGCUCUACCAACCUGUCAUACAUCAACGUUGAGGGCCCACCACGCUCUACCAACCUGUCCUACAUCAACGUUGAGGGUCCACCACGCUCUACCAACCUGUCAUGCAUCAACGUUGAGGGUCCACCACGCUCUGCCAACCUGUCAUGCAUCAACGUUGAGGGUCCACCACGCUCUACCAACCUGUCAUGCAUCAACGUUGAGGGCCCACCACGCUCUACCAACCUGUCAUGCAUCAACGUUGAGGGUCCACCACGCUCUGCCAACCUGUCAUGCAUCAACGUUGAGGGUCCACCACGCUCUACCAACCUGUCAUGCAUCAACGUUGAGGGUCCACCACGCUCUACCAACCUGUCAUGCAUCAACGUUGAGGGCCCACCACGCUCUACCAACCUGUCCUACAUCAACGUUGAGGGUCCACCACGCUCUCCGCCUCACCCAUACAUCAACGACGAAGGGUCCGCCUCUCACUGCCCCUUAUAA